AUUUGAACUAGGGAUAAUCAUAAUGGCGUUGUUAACAUUCAAUUAUUAGCGACGUUUGAGAGGGUGAUGCUUGAUUUUCGUUGUAGCGUCGCUUUGUUCAGUAAAGUUUAGCAAAAGUUGGGCUUCAACUUUGGAGGAAGUAAUACGUUAAAUGACAAUACAUUAACAAAGUGAUUGGUUAUAGCAGUUAUUAUUGUUCUCUUGUUUUCACUAUUUUGGAAUCUAGUCCUCUGAAAAAAUAACGAUAGACGUGUAUUCCAUUAUGUCUGCGAAACGUAAAGUUGGCGGAAGUGGUAAUGGGCCUAACAAGCGCCGCCCUAAGAAACAGGAGAUUGAAGAGGACUUUAGUGAUGCUUCUAGUGACGAAGCCCAAUCUACCUCAAACCAAGUGGAAGUUUUAAUUCCCAAUGACGAUUUGGAACCACCUACCAAGUUACCCGAAGAUCUUCUGUUAUCUCUAGAUAAGACUCCGGGCAAAUUGUUGAUUGCUGGAAUGGUAACAUGGGAUUUAACAGGAAAACGGGAUCGGAAAAAUGUAGUGAAAGUGCGCCCUAAUCUUUAUAAUUUUCAUCGUUUUUCUGAUGAAAUGUACCGCUACUGUGCUACUGGUCCAAGCUCCGCUCAUACACUACUUAUUAAUAUGGAUCGCAAAGCUCUAGCCUUUGGUCGCAAUCCUUCAGGACAGUUAGGUUUAUCCGAUGUAAAAAUAUGUGAAACUCCUACGCUGGUUCCAGGAUUAGAGAAAUUUAAUAUUGUCCAAGCUGCAUGUGGUCGACAUCAUUCCCUCUUUUUGACUGACACAGGUAGAGUUUACGCCUGUGGUGAAAAUAAGUCUGGCCAAUGUGGUAUUGGAAACACACUUCCAGUAGUAAAUAAGCCAACUCCGAUAAAUUAUGUGGGAUAUCCAAUUAUUCGCAUUGGUUGUGGGGCUGAAUUUUCCGUGAUCCUCGAUAUUAAAGGAAAUUUGUAUACAUUUGGUUUACCUGAAUAUGGCCAGCUGGGGCAUAACACAGACGCAAAAUACUUUGUUAAUGCCAACAAAUUGUCAUUCCACUUUGAAACAUCGCCUAAAAAGGUUGUAUUAUAUAUUGAAAAGAAUAAGGAAGGACACGUUACACCCGUGGACAAUGUUCAAGUUGUGGAUUUUGCUUGCGGCAAUAAUCAUACGGUGGCAAUUGACUCGAAGAAGCGCGUGUAUAGUUGGGGAUUCGGUGGUUUUGGUCGUUUGGGCCAUGCUGAGCCAAAAGAUGAAAUGGUACCCCGUUUAAUUAAAUAUUUUGACACUCAAGGCCGUGGUGCCCGUAAUGUAUACUGUGGUGCAACUUUUAGUCUCAUUGUCAAUGAACUAGGUGUCCUUUUCUUAUUUGGACAAAACAAAAAGACUGGAGAAGCAAAUAUGUACCCAAAACCUGUGCAGGAUUUAUCGGGUUGGAACAUCACCGAUAUUGGUUGUGGAAACACUUCUAUUAUUAUUUCCGCUGACGAUACCUUAAUCGCAUGGGGUGCUUCUCCAACUUAUGGUGAAUUAGGCCUUGGUGAAUUCCAAAAGUCUUCGACUAUUCCUAAGGAGGUGCCCAAAAUGGAUAAUAUAAAAAUACCUCAGGUUGCUGUUGGUUAUUCUCAUACCGUUUUACUUGUUGAUACUGAUCACGAGCCAACAAAACUCAAGUAUGAAAAACUGCCAGAAUAUACCAUCGAUAAUUGAACAGAGUAAAUUUGAUUGUAGUUGUUGACCUUCAUACUACCCCUCAUGCAUUUAUGAUAGAAAUAUUAGCUCGGUGAUAAUUUUACAUCGCGCCUUGAGAGUUUAAAGAAGUAAUUGAAUACAAAUAAAUAUUAAUAAAGUAGAUAUAUUUACAUGUAAGUAGAUUUACUAAGUUCCCGGCCGCAACGUUAUUUGUACAUUCGUAAAGCAUAAUAUCAUACAAUUUUUGGCAUUUGUAUUUCCUGCAUUUCUAAUAUCUACAUUUAAAAAACGGGUUUGUAAAAGAUGUUCGAUAAAUCUGCAGUAAAUUUUCUUUCAUAUCGGAAUCUACUACAUACUUGUUUAGAAGUAAGUUUAAUAAAGUUAAGAAUCAGUGUCACUGUUUUAUAUUUAUUUUUUUACUAUUGGGCGUACAUAUUUAUAUUUUGCCACUAUGAUGCAGUAUUGUAUUAUACCUAAUAGAAACAUAUAUACAAGAAUAUUUGGAAAAUAAAUUAACAACUUUUUUCGAAAUAUUUAUAAUUGUGAUUCUAGUAAAAAUUUUUAAAAAGUGGAUUGUAAUACUAUACUUUUUUCGGAAACAUAUGUUUGAGUUUUAUUCAUCCUUGGUUAAUUGUCUUUUAAGUUGCCAACAACGUUUCUUUGUCCUUUCCCUAUGUUCUGACGGCUUGCGAUUUAAAGAUUUUGCUGCGGCAAAAGUCUCACCUAAAUUUUAGGAUUAUUGGCAGUCAGAUUCUUGAUGCCAUCGACUCGAAUAUUAUGGUCAAGUCUCAAAUACCCGAUGUGUGGAAAUGCGGAAGAGUGGUCCCACUACUGAAACUUGGAAACCCCGCCAAAAGAGGAGUCCUAUCGUCCGAUAACUCUCUCACCCGGGGGUCUAUUCUGUAUCUCGAUUCUAUUCGGAUCUACUUUAUAAUUAUGCGAAAGUUGUACCCCAUGUGCCAGAAUAAAUACGUACAAUAUUCGGCAUUUUCUGCUGGGGUGUUUUCGCAGAAAUCAUUCCUGUCACCUGUUUGGAGCGGAAUUGAAUAAAUAUGCGUCACAAAAAUUUAAUGAGUAAUUUUAUGCUACAGCAUCAGAACUUAGCAAAUGAUCACCCCUAUCAUGCAUUUCGAUUACGUUCCCGCUCUACGCUCCGCCGGAGUCGAAAUUAGGUAUCAUGCGUUACGAUUGGAUUGAAAGAAGAAGAGGAAGAGCUAUAACUCUUUCGAAAUCAGCUGUUUGCUUUGAAAUAUGUGAAACUGGAACAUCACAAAGCAAAAAUGCACAAAUUACUGCUGUUCAAAGAAAAUAAAUAAAAGUAAAAUUUUUAUAUUGUUAUUAUUUUUAUUAAACGUAACUAUGGAAUCUUUAUCCGCGGCGAUAUUACUGGUUGAGGAGGAGAGCAGCGCAUCUCAGAAUGCUGGGAUGAGAAUUGAAAGAAGAAGAUUACGAGAUAUGUGCUAUCCCUUCCAGAUGAAUGACGGGCUGUAAGUAAUUGCACGUGAAAGUAGACAUUUUUCUUACAAUUUGUUUACUUAUUUAGAUUCAGAAAAACUUUCGUCUGAAUAAGGACGCAUGUCCUAGAUACGUUUGCGGAAGAAACGACGGCAAGUAAAUUUGAUGCUACCUCUUUCCAAAAAGCCUGCACAUCUUCCUUAGGACGCUGGUGGAAACCGUUGGCUAUAUCUAGCUUACUCUCCAUCAUAUCUGCCAAUUUUCCAUAUUGCUCUGGUGUUGUUGUUUUUGAC